AUGAGCACCAAAGUAAACGGUGUUGAACCUGUUGAGGUCUCUGAUCCAAAGUUGUUGUUUGGAACUAAACCAGUGAAACCAUCAAAAGAUUUGAUCAAAUCCGUUGUUGAUCCAAGAAUCAAGGCAAGCUCUAAAAGGGCUAAAUCAGAAGGCAAAUCGAUUACUGAUAGACUAUUUUUUUACUUGUUCCAUCUUAUCUUACUUACAAUAUAUGGAUUCUAUUCAAUUUUCAGAUCAUUACAAUAUGUCAACAAUAGAAUUAGAAUAAAGUUCUUGAACCUUGCAUAUAAUCCAUCCAAAACACCACAAAUUAUUAGAGAUGAUGUUAACAAAUUAUCCAAAUUACCAAAAAGACUUAGCGCCGUGUUGAACUUAAAACCUGAAGAAGAAGAAGGUGGUGGAUUUUAUGGUUUAUUAAAUGAUGCAUCUGAACUAACUACUUGGACUUUAGCUUCAGGUAUUUCAACUUUAUCAAUCUAUGAAUAUGAAGGUACAUUGAAAAAUAAUGUUGAAGAUUUAAGAGCUGCUAUAUUUAAGAAAUUAAGAGAUUAUUUUGGUCCAACUUCAAUUCCAAAAUUUGUUGUUAAAAUUCCACAUUUAAACGUACAAUUCUAUGGUUUAAACCAUGAUGAUGAUGAUAAUUAUAAAAAUGAUGUUAUUGAUAUUGAGGUCAGUUUGUUAUCAGUUGAAGAUGGUAAGGCAACUAUUGUUGAAUUAACCAAGACAUUGGCUGAAUUGGCUAAAAAGAAGGAAAUUUCUUCUAAAAACAUUACAGUUGAUUUAAUUGAUGGUGAAUUAACAGAAUUAGUUGGAAUUGAACCAGAUUUAAUCAUCUUAUUCACACCAACAUUAGCAUUACAAGGCUAUCCACCAUGGCAUAUAAGAUUAAGUGAGUUCUAUUGGGAAGCUGAUAAUGAAGAUGUUACAUAUGCAAUCUUUUUAAGAGCUUUACAAAAAUACUCAACUUGUAAAAUCAAUGUUGGUAAAUAA